AUGCAAAUCAGCACAUUGAAGCUCAUCGCCCUUGCGGCUAUGCUCCCAUCCACUCUUGCCUGUUUGGGAUACACUGGCGGUGUGCCAAAGGCUACUACAACCAAGACUAACAGCAAAGUCAUUGAAGUUCCAGCUGGAACCGUUUAUGAUGGCGGUUGGGCCAGAUUUGACCGUGGAAGCGGUGCUUGCAAUGGCCAAGCUGAAGGAGGCGAUGCCGAUGCUGUUUUCUUGCUCAGAAAGGGAGCUACCUUGAGGAACGCCAUCAUUGGAAAGAACCAAGCUGAGGGUGUCCACUGCGAUGGUCCUUGUACUCUUGAGUUCGUCUGGUUUGAGGAUGUCUGCGAAGAUGCUAUUACAGUUAAGAACGACAAGGCUGGAGAACACAGCUGGAUCGUUGGAGGUGGUGCUUACCACGCUAGCGAUAAGGUCGUCCAACAUAAUGGCUGCGGUACCGUCAACAUUAUCAACUUCUACGUUGAAGAUUACGGCAAGCUCUACAGAUCUUGCGGAAACUGCUCCAAGCAAUGCAAACGUAACGUCUAUAUCGAGGGUGUUACUGCUAAGAACGGUGGUGAACUCGCCGGUAUCAACUUUAACUACGGUGAUACCGCCACCCUCAAGAACGUCUGCUCCGACGCCAAGGUUAAAUGUCAGGGAUACACUGGAUGCGCCGGUGGCUGCGAGCCCAAGAAGGCUGGUACUUGCUCCGGUUAA